UCGCCGAUAGAACAGGCCACUUCCACUGUCUGGUUAACUUAGCGACACUAAAGUAUGUGCUAAGAGAGAAUGUAUGGUAGAUUUUGAUGAAAACAACCCACUUGACUAAAGCAGAUAGUAAGCCAAUUAUUGGUGUUUUGUUGUUGUUGCCAAAACUGCAAUGCUGUGAGUGAUCUAGCCAGCUGUGUGCAAUUGUAACGCGAUCGAGUUGGCUAAACAUGCCGUAUUAUACUGCGCAUACAAUGCGCAUCAAUAGCUAGCGGGUUACACGUUGCUUUUGUCAAAGGGUGAUGUUAAAACUGACUGCCCUUUAUAGCAUCGCACGCAGGGCAGUCUGCAUAGGCGCCGGAGAGAUGGUCAAGGGGAAAUACUUCUACGCCGUGAAGAAAGGACACAGACCCGGCGUUUACAGCACCUGGGAAGAAUGUAAAAGCCAAGUAGACAAGUUCCCUUCUGCCAGCUUCAAGAAGUUCGCUUCAGAGGAGGACGCCUGGGCUUUCGUUAGGGGCCAGGCGGCGGGGAUAUCUCCGGCGUCAGAUGCAGGAAAUGGCAGUUGCGAGGUAGAGCUCCCGAGACUCGCACCGGAGCCCAUCUCUUUAAUACCGCUCGGAAUCAAACGGCCCUGCGGGGAUACGGAUGCAGGAGAGGAGCCCAAGAGAUUCAAACGCGCGGCGGAAACAUCGGCCGCCGGCAGCGACGGCUUCACCCACAUGGGGGAUGCGGUGGUGGUGUACACCGACGGCUGCUGCUCUCGUAACGGGAACACUGGUGCCCGCGCUGGCAUCGGGGUUUACUGGGGACCAGAGCACCCGAUGAAUGUUUCCGAGAGGCUACAAGGGAGACAAACUAACCAAAGAGCGGAAUUACAGGCUGCAUGUAAAGCUCUGGAACAGGCCAAAGAAGCGAACAUUAAGAAGCUUGUGCUCUACACAGACAGCAAGUUCACCAUCAAUGGUAUCACAAGUUGGGUGAAGACGUGGAAGGUUAAUGGAUGGAAGCUGAAGGCUGGUGGGAGGGUCAUCAACAGAGAGGAUUUUGAGCAGCUUGAUAAGUUAAAUCAGGAGCUGGAGGUAAAAUGGAUGCACAUCCCGGGCCACGCUGGGUACAGGGGGAACGAGGAGGCUGACCGUCUGUCACGAGAGGGAGCGUCGAAGCCGUUAAACUGACCUGGCAGAAUUGGGGCGCCUGCACCCCCACACUGAUGCAACAAGCAAAAAAACUCAACUCCUUAUCCAUCAGGAGGCGAAAGAAGCGAGAAAACAGCUUCUAAAGUGAAAACAGGCAAUCAUUUAUGAGCAUAGGACAUCUGAACAAAGCACUGCCCACAGAUUCUACAUAUAAUGUAGUGCCCCUGAAGCAGAGGUAAACUGUAGAGGUGGGAAUGACAUUUUAGUCAUUCAUAGUGCAAGCAGUGUGCUGAAAUCACGUCCAUUGUCUUUUAAUUGAUUUAAACGCUAUAAAGUGAAGGAAGCUCUUUACUGUUCAGAGGCACAAAACCAUGCUGCUUUAAUGUUAUGGGCUGGGUAUGCUUUUUCUUCCGCUUAUAGCCCAGAAGUGGAAUAUUUUACUUUGGUCUAAUCCUGUUGUAGUCUGACGGUCACACCACACAGAGUAAUGGUAGCCUGUGACUGUGCGCUCUUCUCUGUUUAAGCACUAUAAGGGUUUGAGUUCAGUCUGUGUGUUUUACUCUCUAAACAAAUGUCACCGGCUUUAGUCUUUGGGAUUUGCUACACCUACGUAUUUUAAUGGAGUGCUGGCAAUUCA